AUGUGGAGCUCAAACUGCUGCCCCUCAGACUGCUGCCCCUCAGACUGCUGCCCCUCAGACUGCUGCCCCUCAGACCACUGCCCCUCAGACCGCUGCCCCUCAGACCGCUGCCCCUCAGACUGCUGCCCCUCAGACUGCUGCCCCUCAGACUGCUGCCCCUCAGACCGUUGCCCCUCAGACUGCUGCCCCUCAGACUGCUGCCCCUCAGACUGCUGCCCCUCAGACCGCUGCCCCUCAGACCGCUGCCCCUCAGACCGCUUCCCCUCAGACCGCUUGUCCUCAGACCGCUUGUCCUCAGACCGUUGCCCCUCAGACUGCUACCCCUCAGACUGCUGCCCCUCAGACUGCUGCCCCUCAGACUGCUACCCCUCAGACUGCUGCCCCUCAGACCGCUGCCCCUCAGACUGCUGCCCCUCAGACCGUUGCCCCUCAGACCGCAUGUCCUCAGACUGCUGCCCCUCAGACUGCUGCCCCUCAGACUGCUGCCCCUCAGACCGCUGCCCCUCAGACCUCCCCUCAGACCGCUGCCCCUCAGACCUCCCCUCAGACCGUUGCCCCUCAGACCGCUGCCCCUCAGACCGCUUGUCCUCAGACUGCUGCCCCUCAGACCGCUGCCCCUCAGACCGCUGCCCCUCAGACCGCUUCCCCUCAGACCGCUUGUCCUCAGACUGCUGCCCCUCAGACCGUUGCCCCUCAGACUGCUGCCCCUCAGACCGCUUGUCCUCAGACUGCUGCCCCUCAGACUGCUGCCCCUCAGACUGCUGCCCCUCAGACCGUUGCCCCUCAGACCGCUGCCCCUCAGACCACUGCCCCUCAGACUGCUGCCCCUCAGAUUGCUGCCCCUCAGACUGCUGCCCCUGA